UACCUCUUUCUACCUUAUUAUAGUCCACCCAAAGUGGAUAUAUGGCCCCGGCUUCUCGGAUUGCAGCGGAGAACCGUAAGUUAAAACAGCACUUGAACAGAAGCUUGAAGCUGUUCUGAGAGAGCACCAUGGCUAUCCAGGGCCUUGUGGAUUGGAGGGGAAAUCCUGCCAAAAAAAGGAGGCAUGGUGGAGUCAGAACUUCAUAUUUCAUCAACUUCAUGGUGAUGAUGAUACACAUAGCCAUCGUGGCCAACAUGCUGAACUUGGUUAACUACCUACGUGGCACCAUGCAUACGGGCAUUUCAAGCUCUUCAACAACGGUCACAAACUUCAUCGGCGCCUCAUGCGGAUUUGCUCUUUUAGGAGCUUUUCUUUCCGAUUCAUACAUCACACGAUUUAAAACCAUAAUCAUAUUCGGCCCUGUGGAAUUCUUGGGUUAUGCAUUGCUAGCAUUGCAAGCACGCCUCCCAUCGCUCCAUCCACCAGUCUGUGAGAUCAAUAGGCAACAGAACUGUGAGCAAGUUCAUGGCUUCAACUCUGCCCUGCUUUACAUUGCUCUGUACACAAUUGCUUUGGGUGAGGGCUGCGUGCGUGCUGCCUUACCAUCUUUGGGGGGAGAUCAAUUCGACGAUGAGGACCCAGUUGAGUCACAACUCAAGGCCAACUUUUUCAACUGGUUCACCUUUGGAAUUUCAUUAGGAGGUUUCAUAGGCCUUACACUUUUGGUGUGGAUUGAGAACAACAAGGGAUGGGAUAUUGGUUUUGGUGUCUCUGCACUUGCAGUUCUCCUAGGAGUGCUGGCGGUAGCCAGUGGUGUCUCUUUCUAUCGCAUUCAGAUACCAAAAGGAAGUCCUCUGACUCGAAUAAUGCAGGUUUUUGUUGCUGCAUUCAAAAAGCGAAAGCUUGUGUUGCCUGAAAAUUUAGACCAAUUGCAACAUAAUUCUAAGGAUAUUGAAGUCCUUCCUCACACAAAGGGUUUCGAAUUCCUUGAUAAAGCUUCAAUUAAUGAUGGAGACACAGGAACUUGGUCCUGCACUGUAACACAGGUGGAGGAGACGAAAAUUGUACUUCGGAUGCUUCCCAUCUUAAUCAGCUCUGUGCUUGGUUACAUACCUUCUCCCCUCCUCGUGACACUCACUGUCCAGCAAGGCAGCACCAUGAACACAAGGCUUGGGAAGAUCCACAUCUCCCCUGCAUCUCUCUUUGUAAUUCCAUUGAUCUUUCAGAUGGUGAUCCUGGUAAUCUAUGAUCAAUUCAUCGUGCCCUUCGCACGAAGGAUCACGGGCUAUGUAGGCGGCAUUACUAACUUGCAACGUGUGGGCAUUGGUUUUGCUGCUAUGUCAUUAGCAACAUGUGUGGCAGCAUUGGUGGAAUGGAAAAGAAAAAACAUAGUAGAAGAGCAUGGGCUAGAGGACUUUGAAACUGGUGUCCCCAUGUCUGUAUUCUGGCUAGGAGUGCAGUUCUUUCUUCUGGGCAUUGUUGAUGUAACUUCAUUUGUUGGAUUACUGGAAUUCUUUAAUGGUGAAGCUUCAAGAGGAAUGAAAUCAAUAGGAACAGCCAUAUUCUGGUGUGUACUUGGGUUAGCAUCCCUAUUGGGAACUUUCCUGGUUGACAUGGUGAACAAAGCUACUGGACAUGGUGACAGUGGAAGGGGGUGGUUAGGGGGAGCCAACUUGAACAAGAGCCACCUUGAUCGGUUUUACUGGUUACUUAUAGUCCUCGAACUGGUGGCUCUCUUGAAUUAUUUGUACUGGGCAAAGAGGUAUGUCUAUAGGCAUGAUCCCCGUGUUCCUCAACAGCUGACUGAAAUAUAUGAUAAGGUUUCCUCCCAAACAGGGGAGGUGGCUGCAAUUUAAUCACAUCUCUGCAUAUUGUCGGCACAUGUAAGAGUCGUCAUCUUCCAGAGUAACUAGAAGUUUACAACAUCAGAGUACGACUAUUACUGAAAGCACAAAUGAUGUCAAUAUAUCAGUAGGAAGACUGUUUGUUAUAAUAUAAAAUAUGUUGAAGAAUUAAA